AUGUCGUCCACGCCAAUGGACCUCGAUCGCCCUGAGCGGAAUGGCACGCCGCUCAAUAUUUCGAGGUCGACAGCACCAGUAUCCAACCUGAGCGACGUCAUGUCGUCGUUUCGCCCUACCAAGCUUCUCCGGCGUGAAGACAUCAAAGAUCACCGCCAACCACCACACGUGCUUUCGAUAGACUACAACGACGACGGCGAGCUGCUCAUGACGUCGGCGAGCGACGAGACGAUACAAAUAUACAACGUCAGGGAAGGUAAACAUGAAAAGAGCCUAGUCAGCAAAAAGUAUGGCGUCAAACUCGCCAGAUUCACACACACAAGCUCCAGCAUCAUAUACGCCAGUACCAAGCAAAAUAACGCCAUCCGAUAUCUCGCCACGCACGAUAAUUCCUUUAUACGCUACUUCGAGGGCCACGAAGGCGCCAUAACGUCCCUCGCCGUGCACCCCGGCAGCGAUAACUUCAUAUCCUGCUCGCAGGACAACACGGUGCGCCUCUGGGACACGCAAACUAAAAACUGGCAGGGCCAGCUUCUCCUACGCUCACCCUAUCUAGCCGCAUACGAUCCCUCGGGCACCGUCUUCGCUGUCGGCUGCCCAAGCUCUGGCUCAAUCCUGCUCUACGACGUGCGCCACUACGACAAGGCACCGUUUGCGACGGUUGACGUGGUCGACCAGGGUCGCGCCAUCGAUCCCAAUCACGUCGUCCGCGGUUGGACUAAGCUCGAGUUCUCCAACGACGGUACACUCAAGGCGUACCUGCGCCGCCUGGGCGGCGCAACGCGAAGGCUGGCCGUAGGCGAGGGCGGCAUGAGCGGCACCAAUGGUAGCGGCGAGUACGAGAGCAGCGGUGACUGCUGCUUCGCACCCGACGGCCGCUUCGUGAUCAGCGGCUCGCGGCAAGAUGUCGUGGCUUGGGACACGCUCAAGACGCCGUCCUCCGAAAAGACACUGGAGCCGACCUGGACGCUCCCGGAAAAGCGUGAGGCAGCCGUGGUUGGAUUUAAUCCACGAUUCAACUUCUUUGCCACAGCAGACACGGAUCUGCUAUUUUGGCUCCCGGAUCCUCAUGCAUGA